UUGGGUUACCCCCAGGUCCCUCUCCCUAAAUCAAAAGCCUUAACCUCCUGUCACCAGGGUGCCAGGCUAGUAAUAAGCAGGUCCACGCAUGCUGGACACACAGGCUCAAGCCACUCCGCGCGACAGUACUGCAAACCGUACCUAGUAGUGUACUUAAUCCGUAUAUAAAUGUUACAAGUUAAGCAUCCCACAGCAAACAAAGUAGCAUUUAACAUCAUGAGGAAAAAAAGAGAUAGGACAAAGAGAUGAACAACCAAUCCAGAGGGAGUGAAGAAGAGAAAAAGAAGCCUGGUUUGGGCCUGAGAGGUCCUUCAGCAAAGACAGCGUCGAUGAAGACUGGAGCUGCCGAAGGCAGAGUCCUGGGGGUAUCCCAGAGGUGACAGAACUUGAUCUGGGCCUGGAAGGGCAAGAAUUCGGGAAGGGCAACGUGGGGCAUUCCAGUAGUAAUUGAUAGAAAUAUUACAUGGGAUAGGGUUUAUUCUCUCCGUACUUCUGAACCAAUGAACAGAAAAUGGGAAGAAAAACUGAAGCAAAUUGAAGAACGAGCAUCUCAUUAUGAGAGGAAACCACUGUCCUCAGUGUAUAGACCAAGACUGUCCAAGCCAGAGGAGCCACCCUCCAUUUGGAGACUAUUUCGUCGACAAGCUCAAGCUUUUAAUUUUGUUAAAAGCUGUAAAGAAGAUGUUCACGUAUUUGCUUUGGAAUACAAAGUAGGAGAUGGACAACGUAUUUACCUUGUGACAACCUAUGCUGAAUUUUGGUUUUACUAUAAAUCCAGAAAAAAUCUCUUACACUGCUAUGAAGUUAUUCCUGAAAAUGCUGUGUGCAAGCUUUAUUUUGAUUUGGAAUUUAACAAACCUGCCAACCCAGGAGCUGAUGGGAAAAACAUGGUUGCAUUACUCAUCAAGUAUGUGUGUAAAGCACUUCGAGAGUUAUAUGGUGUUAAUUGCUCAGCUGAAGAUGUUUUGAACUUGGAUUCUAGCACUGAUGAGAAAUUCAGCCGGCAUUUAAUAUUUCAGCUCCAUGAUGUGGCAUUUAAAGAUAACAUUCAUGUUGGUAAUUUUUUGAGAAAAAUUUUGCAGCCUGCUCUUGACUUGCUUGGCAGUGAAGAUGAUGAUAGCACUUCAGAGACAACAGGCCACGGAUUUCCCCAUUUUUUGGAAGCACCUGCAAGACAAGGAUUUUCUUUCAACAAAAUGUUCACGGAGAAGGCUACAGGGGAAAGCUGGACGUUGAAUUCAAAGAAACUGGAGAGGCUGGGGUCAGCUGAGCAAAGCAGUCCUGACCUUUCAUUUCUAGUUGUGAAGAAUAACAUGGGAGAGAAGCAUCUUUUUGUGGAUCUUGGAGUUUAUACAAGAAAUAGAAACUUUCGGCUAUAUAAAUCAUCAAAAAUAGGAAAGCGUGUGGCUUUGGAGGUUACUGAAGAUAACACAUUUUUUCCUAUGCGGUCAAAGGAUGUUUCUGACGAAUAUCAGUAUUUUCUCUCUUCUUUGGUCAGCAAUGUCAGGUUCUCAGAUACUUUACGAAUUCUUACAUGUGACCCAUCUCAGAAUAAACAAAAAGGAGUUGGAUAUUUUAACAGUAUCGGCACUUCAGUAGAAGCCACUGAAGGUUGUCAGUGUUCUCCGUAUCCUGAAGUGGAUCAUUUUGUUCUUUCUUUGGUGAAUAAAGAUGGCAUUAAAGGAGGAAUUCGGCGUUGGAACUACUUUUUCCCAGAAGAAUUAAUGGUUUAUGAUAUUUGUAAAUAUCGGUGGUGUGAAAACAUUGGAAGAGCCCAUAAGAGUAAUAAUAUAAUGAUUCUGGUUGAUCUGAAAAAUGAAGUUUGGUAUCAAAAAUGUCAUGACCCUGUAUGUAAAGCAGAAAACUUCAGAUCUGACUGUUUCCCAUUGCCUGCUGAAGUAUGUCUCCCGUUUCUUUUCAAAGAGGAAGAAGAGUUGACAACAGAUGAAGCAGAUGAAACUAUGAGCAAUGAAACCCAGAAUCCUCAUAAACCAUCACCUAGCAAGCUGUCAACAGGUACAUCUGCUGAUGCUGUCUGGGAUAAUGGCAUUGAUGAUGCUUAUUUUUUAGAAGCUACUGAAGAUGCUGAAUUAGCUGAAGCUGCAGAGAACAGUCUUCUCAGUUAUAACAAUGAAGCGGAUGAAAUUCCUGAUGAGCUAAUUAUAGAAGUAUUACAAGAGUAGCUAAUUCACUAUGGACACUUUUGUCAACAGGCUAUAAUUUGCCUGAUGUCUGUGAGAUUUGAUAAAUAUAUCAUUCAACCUGAUAAGUUUUAUCACUUUGCUUUCCAAUUUUUGUUUUUUACUUCUAUAAACCAAUUUUAUUAAAAUUUAGCCUUUGAUGUA